CGGAGGCUCCCCGCGCGGAGCAAGAGAAGAAGGGGUGGGGGGGACGCGACUGCCCACGCGAGGAAUUGGCCGUGGAUCUCUUCUUGGCCGCCCCUCGACGGAGGCCAAGCGGCUCCUGGACCCCUUGGGAGGAAAGCUCAGCCAUGGCCAGCUUCCCCUAUUUAGACGAAGCAGAGUUGAGGAACCGCAAAGUUCAAUAUCUGGCCCAGAAAUCCUUCGCAGCUGCCUCUCAAAUCCAGGAAAUGCUGGAUUUUUUGAACUUCUUCAAGGUCCAGGUUGGGAUCCUAGGAGAGCACCGUGCAGGGGUCAGCAUGCUGGUUGAGGCUCUACUGAGCAAGUCUCGCCCGGUGACAAACCUUGCUGCUUACUUCCGGAAAGCCCCACAGCCCUCACUCUCUGCAGAGGUCCACGUUCAUCCCACCUUCCCUCACCUCAUCUUGCAUGAACUACCUGGCUUUGAGGCCACCGAGACACCAGCUGCCUAUCUGAAGAAGCUGGGUGACCUACAGCGCUUCAGCUGCUUCGUAAUAGUGGUAGGAACCACGGGCUUAAGAGACGUUCAUCUACAAGUCCUUAAGGCCAUCAAGCAAAAGAAGAAACCUUUCUUUGUGGUUCACACCAAGAUUGACCUGGAUCUGCACACAGCUAGAAGGCGCCUUCAAUACAGAUACAAUCCUGCAGAGCAGCUGGACCGGAUCCGGAAGGAGUUGUCUGAGACUUUGGCCAAGGAUGGAUUGGAGGCCCAGAAGAUUUUCCUGGUGUCUGGGCUGCAGGCUGAGAGAUACGAUUUCGCUUGCUUCGAAGACACGUUGGAAGGAGAAGUGCUCAACUUGAAAAGGCACCAUGAGGGAAAUCUGAAGAACUUCCCUGCAGUAAGUCAAAAGAUGGUCAAGGAGCUACUUGAGAUUUGCAAGUUCAGCACCUUGGCUGAAGUCCCAACCAUGAUCCAGGGUUUGCUGGCCAAUCCCACUCAGAUCCACCUGAACGUAGCUGUGAUUGGAGAAGCAGGCUCGGGAAACUCCUCUCUAAUCAACGCACUGAGAAGAGUAGGCUCUGAGGAGAAAGAGGCGGCCCCCACCGGAGUAGCAGAGACCACCUGGAGAGCCACAGUCUACCCAUUCCCAUUCGUCCCUAACAUGUACCUUUGGGAUCUACCCGGAGUGGGAUUGAUGGAGGAUGACGUGAAGCGCCUGGAUUUCAGCCGCUACAGCGUCUUCCUUCUGGUGGCCUCGGAGCGUUACAAGCACAUCCACAGCUGCUUGGCCAAAAUUAUUGCUUCAGAAGGGAAACAGUCUUUCUUUGUGAGGAACAAGAUAGAUGUCGACGUGGAAGCCCAAGCUGGAAACCAACCCAACUUGAAGGAGAAACGUCAGGAACAGAUCCGGAAGAGCUGCGUAGAAGCUCUGAAGAACGACGGCGUUGACUGUCCGGUUUUCUUGGUCUCUUCCUUCAUGGCUGAAGCCUACGACCUCCCUCUCCUUCGGGAAGAACUCCAGAGACGGGCUUCCGAGUUGAAGAAGGAGGCCUUGAGGAGAGCGAUCCCCACCGUCUUCUCCCAGCUGGUAAGGCUCAAGAGCAAAGUGCUGAUGAGGGACGUGUGGGGGAAGACCUUGCAAGUUGGCCUCUCCUCUGUGGACAGUCUCAAGGAGACGGUGGUUGAGAAGCUCCUGGCCGUCAUCACCAGCUUCUGCAUCCACCUUGGUCUGGAUGAAAUAUCUGUCAGGAACACAGCUGAGUGCACUGGCAAAGCAGCCCACCAGCUUCAAGCAGAGAUCCAAAGCCGCUUUGCCCGGCCAUUGCAUCCCACCGACGUGCUCAACCUCAUAGUUAAGCCUCCCUCAUGGAGCAUCUGGGCGUGGAGCUACGUGCCCUACUGGGGCCAAGGAGGUAAAGUGGAGGACCCGAUCUCUGUGGAGAACAUUUACAAUCUGCUGCAACAAGCUGUAGUGGAACUGUCCAGUGAUGCAGAGAGGCUGCUGCUGGCGGCCUUCUCGGAGGACUAGAGGUGGAGGGGAGAUUGAUGGGGAGGGGGGAGAGAAAAUAUAUCUCAUCGUAGGACAGGCUUCACAUGGCUUGGCUUGUUCAGAAAAGCACGCCCUGUGCCUAAACCUCUGAAUUCCCCAGAUGUACACAUGCUUAGCUGCUUUCUGUCCAGGAGAAUUCUAUUUUGUAGAUUGAAAUAGUCAUUGUUUGCAUUUGUUUGUCCUGGAAGUAGGUCAUGUUACACAGUUACUAAAAAAACACUGGUGAGCGGUAGGGAUUGUCUGCCAUUUGCUGCACAUAACGCAAACUGCAGUAAAAAAUUCUACAUGUACAUCUAGCCGUGCCACAAGUUAAAGCAGUUGCCUGUUUGUAAUUUGCUGCACGACAAAUUAAAAUUUAUUGUGCAAUCUU